UGAUCUGUGCUGCCGCUUUGACCAAGCCCUCUACUUAGUUACGCCUUGUACCCGGUCAGGCCGGUUGUGAAGUUGAUGUGGUAUACAUAAAGCCAGACACUACCUAGUGUCUGGUACAGCCCGAAAAACGUUCGCAUCUUUCUAGCAUCUUUUCCCCCUACCUAUAAGCAUGCGUCUGAUUCUUGGCUUGCUGUUGUUGCAGAGGUGCUCUGCUCAACGUUACUUCUUCUCGCCGGAACAGGAUACCGAGUUUGAGGACCCAGAGUUGCCAGCGCAGUACUCUUUGCAGGCGUCCCAGCUGACACCUCCGGCUGCCUCUUUGACAAGCUCUUUUUGGUUCGCUUCCUACCUGACCACCUUGGACGACCGUCAGUACGUCGUGUUAUCACAGGCUUUCGCUCUACCAGACGGUGUUGCCACCUUCCGCGCUUCCAUCCUAGACAUCGAUCAUCCAGAGAAGUACUGGUCGUAUAUCGAGUCUCGCCCUUUGCUCACUGCCUCUCCAUCUGUAGAUGGAAGACUUAUAUUCGACGCGGGCGACUUUGCCGUCGAAGGAGUUUCUAAAGACAGCAUCUCCGAAAUGCUGACCCGUGGGUCGACUUCCGACUUUGCUUACAAUCUGACUAUCCGAGCAACUAGCCGUGUCAUACUCAAUGCGGGCACCGGGCACUUCGACUGGGGCACCGGUAACACGACCCAAUGGUCACUCCCAAGCUGCGCAACUUCGGGCACCUUGCUGGUUGAAGGCAAAGCGUACGAUGUCGACGAAACACGGUCACUUACCUGGUAUGAUCGCCAGCACGGCAUUGGUGGACCAAGCGUGGGCUUCACAUGGUUUGGAAUACAGUUCCCGAACUCUGAAGUCAAAGCCAGUGUUUGGUUCUCUGACAGCACGGUUCCCAAGGAUCAGCACUUGCGCUUCGCAACGGUGCGGACUAAACAUGGUCUCGAAAUCAUCCGCUUUACCAUGACCACCUAUCCAUUGGAGGUGUGGACAUCCCCACGCUCCAACAACACCUACUCAAAGCGAUGGAUGCUCGAAUUCAGCAACGGAGACGUUCUGAACAUCACCUCCGUUCGCGAUGAUCAAGAACCCUUCAGAGACGGCGAGUUGGCAGGGCUCUCGGCGUUUGCGUCGGUUGAGGGGUCUUUCUUUGGCCAAAGCGGGGGAUUUGCUCUGGUAGACGUUGUGCCUACAUCCAAUGGCUAAUGUCCCAGUUCCAACGUUUUGUGUAUGGAACCGCUGCGAGGCACUGUGCUAUAACACAAGGGGCACCAUGUCUACCUUUGCAGGAUGACCUGCCCUCUGAGAAGUCGAAUUUGAGGUCUUGAACCCGACAAAGCAGCGAUCUAAUCAAUCUUUGACACUCGAUGAUUCAAUUGAUCAUACAGCCUGUGAAUCUGAGGCCGAUCAUCAUGGCAUCUUGCCCGGCGUUUGGGUACUGCGAGCAAUAGGCCGCCCACGACG